UUUCAUGCCUGUAUGUAUUAUCAUCUGAUAUUGUAGUUGCUGUCAAAAGUAAAGCACAAGUGAUGCACUUUGUAACCGAAUCAUAUACCUUUACCUGAAUUAGAAAAAACAAAAUGAAGUACUGUAACAAAAGCACAUAAUCUGGGAUCAGGUCAGAUUUUAUUUGAUUCAAAAAAAUAAAUGGGCUAUGUUAUAACUCCUAAACUGCAAUCUGCCAUGCAGACAAAUAGCAUACUGUCGUCCUCCACGGGCUGCCUGAACGAAAGCCAAAUAAUGAGCACAAUCCCAGACGUCUUGAUAAAGGCUCUAGAUCGUCUUGGUUCAUUUCACUUCAGAAGGUUCAAGCACAACCUGUGGAGUCAUGGUCCCAUCGCCAGGCAGAGACUGGAAGAGGCUACAGUGGAGGACACAGUGGACAUGCUGGUGGAGGCUUACACCAAGCCUAACUGUGGCAGUGUGGUGUCCAACAUCUUGAGGAACAUGAACUUCAAUCAGCUGGCUACAGACCUGGAGAGGGCCCUCAGAUUUGGAAGUGGCGGGUUGUGUUCCUCAGCUUUCUCUCAGAGAGACUGUUUCAGCCUUGAGGAUUCUGCUUCCUGUAGCAGUGUCCUGCAGCCAUUAAGCUUUGACGUCCCAAGACAUGUUACAGACGCAACAGUGGCUCUGACAGGACCAUGCACUGUUCCAGCCAAUCAACCGGUUAUUUCAGGAGGGGAGGGGUUAAGGGCUCCUGAGUUGAGGAUUGUGAUGGUGGGCAAAACCGGAGCCGGCAAGAGCGCCACCGGAAACACCAUCCUGGGCGGCAGCGGAGGCCAUUUCCUCGUCGAAUUCUCUCCCGAGUCGGUGACGGCAACCUGUGAGCGGAAGAACGGCGAGGUGUGUGGUCGGCCGGUCGCCGUGGUCGACACUCCUGGCCUGUUCGACACGGCACUGCCCACCAGUGAGGUGAAGAACGAGAUCCAGAGGUGUGUGGAGAUGUCCGUCCCGGGGCCGCACGCCUUCCUGCUGGUCAUCAGCCUUACAAACAGGUUCACGGCAGAGGAGAGGAGCACGGUCAAAUGGGUUCAGGAGAACUUUGGGCCAGGAGCAUCCAGAUACACCAUUGUGCUUUUUACCAGCGGCGACCGCUUGAAGGGCACCAUUGAAAAUUUUCUUGCCUGCAGUGCCCCGCUGACGGAACUCGUUUGUAGUUGUGACAACCGAUACCACGUGCUCAAUAACGAGGAGACGUUCGAUCGGAGUCAGGUGGCUGCCCUGCUGGAGAAGAUUGAAGCCAUGGUAAGAGAUAACGGAGGGAGGUACUACACCAACGAAAUGUACAAAGAGGCCCAGAGGAGGAUGAGGGAGAAGGAGAAGGAGAAAAAGAGACAGAUGGACAAAAUACAAGAGGGGAUCAAGUCCAAACAAAAUUGGAAAGACUUUAUGGAUUCCACAAAAAACCUUGGGGUGUUUUUUAUCGAUAAAGCGAAAGAGGAGGGAAUGAAUGAUGGGACAGCAGCCUUGUUCAGCAGCGGGUUUGCUUUGGCCGACCGUGUGGUAGAGGACUGCGACAAAGAGAUAGAGAAAUUGAGGAAAAAGGAAAAACUUUUAAAGUAAAGUGGAAAAAUUGAUAAAUUUGUCCACAAAGCUGAUGAAAAGGGAACAGAAUUAGCUAAUUACUAUAACUAACUAAUGAUAACAAUAUUAUUGUUAAUAAUAAUAACUAUAUUACUAUAACU